GAAACAAUGCCUCCGCUGGCAACUCACGACUCUCUGUUUCGCAGUGGUAUGCCUGCUAAUUAAGUCUUUGCUACGCAACUAAGCCAGCAUGUUUCUUCAUGCGUCCUGGGGUCUGGGGAGACACUUGGCUGACCUUUCUUCCAAUGGCUCUAUCGGCUGUCAUGCGUGCGCAGAUGCCCAUGCAUUGGACAUUGGAUUCAACGGCAUGUGAACGGCACUUGCAGCUGUCACAACCAUCAUGUCGGGCCAUACAAAAAAGCAUCGAGACGUUGUUACCCGAGGGGGGAAGAAGCAAAGGAGCGGACCGCAGCGUUCGAUCUAUACUCGGAUGCGUUUCAUCGCUAAGUAACGGUUGCUUUUUCCAGAUGAACUGUUGCGGAAACUCGGCAUCGCCGCCACAUCCCGCAGUCAAAACGGAUGUCAUUACACGCUGUCGCAUGCUGCACGUAUGCCAGGCACUCACCAUAACUCAAUGGCGAAAUGGUCUCCUCAUAUAUCGGUAAUCACAACCGCUCUCUAUGUGGAACCGAUCAAUCAUGCACGCGAUCAAAGUGCCGUAUUACCACUUUACGCCCUCCGGCACUUACACGCAUCUGA